AUGGCAAUCAGCACCGAGUCCUUGAUCUCCGCGCCAGUUGAGGUAAAAACACAAGUUAAUGGCUCCCAAAAUGCAACCGUGCACAAGAUAGCAAAUGGUGAUCAUGAAGGGUCGGAACCAAUGUGGGCAAAUUCUUCCGCGCCAUACGACGUGCUUACGGUUGCUCUCCCGUUACCGGCUCCAGCCUCCUCUACUGGAUAUUGGUGGCGAACGACGGGGCCACUGAUGAGCAAGCUGCUGGAAAAGGCAGAAUAUUCCCUUUAUAAGCAUUAUAAAUACCUUCUUCUCUAUCAUACCCAUAUCCUGCCGUUGCUGGGGCCGCGGCCAAUUGAAGACCCGGCACAAGCAUUGUCAAGCAUACCACCAUGGAAAUCUUUCUUAACGGAUGACUUUUCUCCCUUGGAACCGAGUUGGAACGUGAGCGGUAAUUCAGAUUCAAGGAGCAUUAUAAGACUGGGGAUUGAGCCAGUUAGUUUCGAUGCUGGAACAGCCAUAGAUCCGUUCAACCAGAUAUCCGUUGCACGGUUCUUUGAGUCUCAAAAUGCAGCGGAGGUUGGGGUAAAGGGGGGCUUGUUUGAACAUUUCCGUAACGAUCUCUUCGUGGGCCCUGAGUCAUAUAUGGCCAUAAGAGAAAUGUUACCUGAGGGUGAACACAUGACGCAAAGCUUUCUUGCGUUCGACUUAGACUCGGGCCAUAUAACCACAAAGGCAUACUUUUUCCCCAUCCUCAAAGCACUGAGUACCCAACAAAGCACAAUAAAGGUGCUAUCUGACUCGAUCAUGGGACUUGCAAAGAAGUCCAAUGUGUGGGGGCCGCAGGCUAUCGUGGCCUUAGCAAUUCUGGAGGCUUGGAUUGCUAGCUACAAUGGAGGUGCGAAAGCGGAAAUGCUUAGUGUCGAUUGCGUGGAUGAUGCUGAAUCACGUAUCAAAAUAUAUGUUCGAAUUCCCCAUACUGCCUUGCGAAAAGUGAAAGAGGCGUACUGUUUAGGCGGGCGAUUGACGGAUGACAACACUGCUCAGAGUCUGGAUCUGCUUGAUACUGCCUGGAGGACAAUGUUCAGAGUGACUGAUGACGCUGCUGAACUGCCACAUAACAGCCAUCGGACAGCCGGUACGAUCUUUAACUUCGAAAUACGCCCUGGAAAAUGGUUUCCAGAGCCAAAGGUGUACUUACCAGUUCGUCAUUACUGCGACAAUGACUUGCAAAUUGCUAGCAGGUUACAAGAGCUUUUUGGGAGGCUUGGAUGGCAAAAAAUGGAGAGAAACUAUCGCAGAGAUUUUGCAGAUCUGUUUCCACACCACCCACUUUCCACUUCGACGGGAACACAUACAUACCUUGCAUUUUCAUACAAGAAGCAGAAAGGCGUUUAUAUGACAAUGUACUAUAGCCCACGAGUGUACAGUACACAGGCGGGAAUCACAGACUGUAUUUAG